AUCUGUCUCUGACUCUGUUCCCGUUCCCCCCUUCAAAGCGCCGCGCACGGGGCACACCAAGAAACAAGCAGCAGCAGCCUACUCAAUGCUCAAGGCAGCAUACUGCAGCUCCCUCCAAUGUCUUGGGCCGCCGCAUUCUUGAUCCUUGUCACCAUCGCCUUCUCCGUUACGCCGGCGCCGUCCGAAGGCGCUAGUGAAGCGGCCGUCCUGCGCGCCUUCAUCGCGUCCCUGCCGCCAGCUUCCCGGCGCGUCCUCCGCCUGUCGUGGAGGGCGACGAACGCCACCACCAGUGGCGGCAGGUCGAGCCACUGCGCGUUCCUGGGCGUCCAGUGCACCGCCACGGGCGCGGUUGCGGCAGUUAACCUCUCCGGAGCGGGGUUGUCCGGCUCGCUCACGGCGUCCGCGCCUCGGCUCUGCGCUCUACCGGCGCUCGCCGUGCUCGACCUCAGCCGGAACCGCUUCACGGGCCCCGUCCCCGCCGCCCUCACGGCGUGCUCCGUGGUUUCUGCGCUACUACUCAGCGGAAAUCUCCUCACCGGUGCUGUUCCCCCGGAGCUCCUCUCCUCGCGCCAGCUCCGGAAGGUCGACCUCAGCUACAACACGCUCGCCGGUGAGAUCUCCGGCUCGGGCUCGCCGGUCAUCGAGUACCUCGACCUCAGCGUCAACAUGCUCUCCGGGACAAUUCCGCCGGAUCUCGCCGCGCUCCCGUCGCUCAGCUACUUGGACCUGAGCAGCAACAAUAUGUCUGGACCAUUGCCGGAGUUUCCUGCACGGUGCAGGAUCGUCUACCUCAGCCUCUUCUACAACCAGCUCUCCGGCGCGAUUCCCCGGAGCCUCGCCAACUGCGGCAACCUCACCACCUUGUACCUGUCCUACAAUGGCAUCGGCGGAAAGGUGCCAGAUUUUUUCUCAUCCAUGCCGAACCUGCAGAUUCUUUACCUUGACGACAACAAGUUCGUCGGGGAGCUGCCAGAGAGCAUCGGUAAGGCUCUGAGUCUACAACAACUGGUGGUGUCCAGUAACGGGUUUACUGGCACUGUGCCAGAUGCAAUUGGGAAGUGUCAGUCACUGAAAAUGCUCUACUUGGAUCGCAACAAUUUCAAUGGCUCAAUUCCGGUGUUCGUCAGCAAUAUUAGCAGCCUAAAGAAGUUCUCUAUGGCUCACAAUAACAUUUCUGGAAGAAUUCCACCUGAAAUUGGGAAGUGCCAGGAGUUGGUUGAGCUACAGCUCCAGAACAACAGCCUGUCCGGCACAAUACCACCGGAGAUUUGCAUGCUUAGCCAGCUGCAGAUAUUUUUCCUCUACAAUAAUAGCCUUAGCGGCGAGCUACCCGCAGAGAUCACUCAAAUGAGGAACCUAAGCGAGAUCUCCCUGUUCGGCAAUAACUUAACUGGAGUGUUGCCGCAGGCCCUGGGGUUGAACACAACACCUGGACUUUUUCAGGUCGACCUCACUGGCAACCACUUCCACGGGGAAAUUCCACCUGGUCUUUGUACUGGAGGUCAACUCAGCGUUCUUGAUCUUGGAUACAACAAGUUCAAUGGAAGCUUACCUAUUGGAAUUGUUCAAUGUGAGUCUCUCCGGAGGUUAAUUCUGAAGAACAAUGUCAUCAGUGGGACCAUACCUGCGAAUUUCAGCACAAACAUAGGACUGGCUUACAUGGACAUCAGUGGCAAUCUGCUCCAUGGUGUGAUACCUGCUGUCCUUGGUUCAUGGCGCAAUCUAACAAUGCUUGAUGUCUCCAAUAACCUCUUCUCUGGACCAAUACCACGUGAGCUCGGUGCUUUAACAAAGCUCGAGACUCUGCGCAUGUCGUCAAACAGGCUUAAAGGUCGUAUACCACAUGAGUUAGGAAACUGUACACAUCUUCUCCAUUUGGAUCUUGGGAAGAAUCUCCUCAACGGAAGUAUACCUGCAGAAAUCACGUCAUUUGGUCGCCUGCAAAGCCUUCUACUCAGCGCAAACAACCUCACGGGAACAAUACCGGACACAUUCACUGCAGCACAGGAUUUAAUUGAGCUGCAGCUUGGUGACAAUCGUUUGGAAGGAGCAGUUCCUCGCAGCCUAGGGAACCUUCAGUACCUGUCCAAAGCUCUCAACAUUAGCCACAACAGAUUGAGCGGCCAAAUCCCAAGUAGCCUUGGCAACCUAGAAGAUCUGGAGCUGCUUGACUUGUCAGUGAAUUCUUUGUCCGGCCCAAUCCCACCACAGCUGAGCAACAUGGUCUCACUUUUGGUUGUGAACAUUUCGUUCAACGAACUAUCUGGUCAGCUCCCUGGAAGCUGGGCUAAGCUUGCAGCAAAGUCGCCUGACGGUUUCGUGGGCAAUCCUCAGCUAUGCAUAGAGUCGGCUUGUGCUGAUCACUCCAACAGUCAACCUGCUGGGAAACUACGCUACAGCAAGACAAGAGUUGUUGUGGCAUUGCUAGUGUCUACUCUUGCUGCCAUGGUUGCUGGUGCGUGUGCUGCUUACUACAUUGUGAAGAGGUCACAUCACUUGUCAGCAAGUCGUGCCUCUGUCCGUAGCCUGGACACAACAGAGGAAUUGCCUGAAGACCUGACCUACGAAGACAUCCUUCGGGCGACAGACAACUGGAGUGAGAAAUACGUCAUUGGAAGAGGCCGGCAUGGUACGGUCUACCGGACAGAAUGCAAACUUGGCAAAGACUGGGCAGUCAAGACGGUCGACCUGUCCCAGUGCAAAUUCCCCAUCGAAAUGAAGAUUCUGAACACAGUGAAGCACCGGAACAUCGUCAGGAUGGACGGCUACUGCAUCCGUGGCAGCGUCGGCCUAAUCCUGUACGAGUACAUGCCCGAGGGAACGCUCUUCGAACUGUUGCACGAAAGGAAGCCUCGAGUGCGUCUUGACUGCAUGGCGCGGUGCCAGAUUGCACUUGGUGUCGCACAAGCCCUGUCCUACUUGCACCAUGACUCUGUGCCUAUGAUUGUUCAUAGGGAUGUUAAGUCAAGCAACAUACUGAUGGAUGCAGAGUUUGUACCCAAACUCACAGACUUUGGCAUGGGGAAGAUUGUCGCCGAUGAGAACGCCGAUGCAACAGUGUCUGCCAUCAUUGGCACCCUUGGCUACAUUGCUCCAGAGCAUGGAUACGCUACAAGAUUAACCGAGAAGAGUGAUGUCUACAGCUAUGGAGUAGUGCUACUUGAGCUCCUAUGCAGGAAGACGCCUGUGGACUCAUCGUUCGGAGAUGGUAUUGACAUUGUGACAUGGAUGAGAACUAACCUGGAGCAUGGAGAUCGCCGCAGCAUCAUAAGCCUCAUGGAUGAGGAGAUGACGUGUUGGUCUCAAGAUGAGCAAGAAAAGGCUCUGAGCUUGCUGGACCUUGGGGUUUCAUGCACGCAGGUGGCUUGCCAGUCUAGGCCUUCCAUGAGGGAGGUAGUGAAUAUGUUGUUGAAGAUAGAAAAGUAUAGUGUCUAGAGAAGUGUCUAGCAGUGUUAUGACAUGGAGUUGUAUGGUUCGGAAGGUUUGGCCAGCCUUCACAAAGUGCCCCCAAAAAUAAUGGUCACCAGUCACUCAGAGAAGUUUUUGCAGUAUUCCACUCUGCAACAAUUGCUGA